AUGAAGGAAGAAAUUUGGACAAUUUUGUACCACAAAUGUUCUACAAACGCAAAUCCUCAAUAUCAAAAUUGUCCAGCAGGCGAAGCCAGCUGGUGCAAAUGGCGCAAGGCUGAAGCCAGAGGAGAACUUACUAAUUUCCACCACGAUAAGCCACCUCUGACUGCACAAGUGCAAGAAGUCAUCAAACCAGUCUACGAAGAUUUAUCACGAGAUGAACUGUUGGCCAGAUGUUUAAAAGCACAUACACAAAAUAACAAUGAACCAUUGAAUUCAUUGAUCUGGAGUUUCGCUCUUAAAAACCUGCAUUCUGGCACAAGGAUCGUUGACAUAGUAACUUUUCUUGCCGUUAUUAUCUUCAAUGAAGGAUUUAAUGGCAUUUUGAAAGUUUUGAAUGCAUUGCAUUGCAUUGUAUAUUUCAACCGUAUUUAUAGCCAUUCUGUGUACUUAUUGUUUAAAGAGAAGCGAGCUAAGGAACGUCAGUUUCACCCUCCAUCUAAUGCAAAACAAGCACUGCAACUCGAUGUACAAAAACAGGAAGCUCAACUCAAUGAUAUAAUGAAAGUUGAUAUGAUCCAGGAUAAAAACCGAGAAGAAAUUAUUGAAAUCUGGCAAGAAUACCACAAGAAAAAGGAUUGUAUUUCAGGCACAAUGACAGCUGAACAGUUUGAUAAAAUGUUUACCCGGGGGAAGAAAUAUUCUACAUUUCUGUUACCAUUACCAAGAGCGAAUGGUUAUGAGUUUAUCAUGUCUCAAUUCUGUGGGACAGAAGUACACAUGACCCCACUGCUUUGGUACCAAGUGCACAAGGAAAAUGCUCCCGAAUGCUUAACAAUGAUUCACUUCACAGAACUGAAAGACAGUAAAAAUAUUGUUCUUGUGCGAGGUGAAUUUGAUGCCAAUUCUUUAAAUGUACAAGAGGCACAGUGUUUGGCAAAUGAAUUGCAGCUCUAUUAUUCAAUGGAUGACCACCAAAGGCUACAAUUGCUUCAAACAUUUAGUGAAAGACCAGAUGAAUUUAAGCAUAUGGACCUUAUUGCACAAUUGGAAACAAUUUCUCUCAAUAUGUCGAAGACUUCAAAUGUCAACGCACGAGAUGCAUUCUAAAUAUGUGUAUCAUUGUUCUUAAUUUGUAAAUAUUACCUUUUAUUGUAUAACAAUAUUUGUUGUUAUGUUGUCUUGAAUCAACAAAUUCCGAUGAAAUUAAUAGUUAAAAUAUUAACUCAUAGAUCCAUGAAUAAGAAGUAAAAUAUGAUAAUAAAGGUGAAAAAUUGCA